GCGAGCUUGAUGAGCUUCGCCGGCAACUCAAAGAACUCGUAGAGAAGGGUUGGAUCCGGCCGAGUGUUUCUCCUUAUGGAUCACCAGUCCAAUUCGUACCGAAGAAGGAAGGAACAUUGAGGAUGUGCAUUGACUAUAGGGGCCUCAAUGCCAUCACUGUCAAGAACAAAGAGCCCCUACCGCGCAUCAAUGGCUUGCUAGAUAGAGUGCAAGGGUGUCGGUACUUCAGUAAGGUAGACCUGAAGUCUGAGUACCAUCAGAUUGCAAUCCGUCCCGAGGAUCAACACAAAACCGCAUUUCAGACUAGGUACGGUCUGUACGAGUUUGUGGUGAUACCUUUCGGGCUUUGCAAUGCUCCUGGCACCUUUCAGCACGCUAUGAAUCGGAUAUUUCAUGACUACUUGGAUAAGUUUGUCAUCGUGUACCUCGAUGACAUACUUAUUUUUAGUAAGACUGUCGAGGAGCACAUUGCGCACUUGGACAAAAUCCUUCGUCUUCUUCGACAACACAAGUUCAAGAUCAACGGUGAAAAGUGUGAGUUUGGCCGCACCCGUGUCUCGUACUUGGGUCAUGAGAUUUCCGCGGAGGGAUUGAAGCCCGAUGACACGAAGAUGUCCAGCAUUCGUGACUGGCCGCGUCCUCACUUUGUGACUGAGAUGAGGUCCUUCUUAGGGAUGACAGGCUACUACCUCAAUUUUGUUCAGAAUUACAGCAUAGUGGUCGCCCCUUUGACGAACCUGACUCGCCUUGACACCCCAUGGGAGUGGACAGACAGGUGUGAGGCUGCUUUCAGACAACUGAAGCAUGCGUUGACACACCAUGAGGUCUUGAAACUUCCUGAUCCUGACAAACCUUUCGUAGUAACUACGGAUGCUAGCCAAUAUGGCAUAGGCGCGGUAGAGUACAUGUCCAAAAAGAUGCCCUCUCAGAAGUUGGCUAAGUCCACCUAUGAGAAGGAACUCUAUGCGAUCUACAAGGCGCUCACCCAUUGGAGACACUAUCUCCUUGGGAGGUUCUUCUACGUCAGGACUGAUCACCAGACCAUGAAGUGGAUGAGAACCCAGCCUAUGCUUUCCGACGCUCUGAAGCGUUGGAUCGAAGUCAUAGAGCAGUAUGACUUUGAGCCCCAGUACAUCAAGGGCGAGUACAACAAGGUUGCUGAUGCGCUGUCGCGUAGGCCAGAUUUCUCUAGUGCGCUGAUCACUGAGUUUGGGCUUGCGGACGAUGUUACUCGCUCUAUGAUGGAAGCCUAUCGCGAGGACCAGUUUAUGUCUGAGAUCAUACACAGACUCGAGGCGAAGAACAAAGUGACUUCUGCCGAGUUUGUGUUGGUCAACGGACUGUUGUUCCUUGAGAAGGCAGGGAAUAAACGUCCGUGUUUGCCAGAUUGGGAGUCUUUGCGUAGUUUAUUUUUAGGCGAGUGUCAUGAUGCCACCGGAUAUUUUGGUUUCAAGAAGACUGCAGCCAAUCUGCUGCAGCGAUUCUGGUGGCCCACGAUGAUGAGAGAUGCCAAGCUGUACGUGGAGACUUGUCAGAUCUGUCAGAGAGACAAGCCCCGUACACAGGCCCUUCUUGGGCUCCUCAAGCCCCUUUCGAUUCCGGAAAGGCCCAGUGAGAGCCUGUCUAUGGACUUCAUGGACACGCUGGUCACCAGCAAGAGUGGAAUGAGACACAUCUUUGUUAUCGUGGAUAGGUAGUAAGUACGCUAGGUUAGUUGCAAUGUCG